AUAUACACAAUUCCUUCUUCAAAUUGGUAUUGGAAGUAAACUCCUAUAAAAAAAAAUCCAUAAACAAAGAAUGUAUGCAUUCGCCAUUAAGAAAUAUAAACUAUACAUAAUUCUCAAUAAUCUAAGGUAUUUUAGACUGUAACAAGAAAAGGUCAAACACACAUACAUACGUACGCCCUGAUAACAUCGUAAUCUUCUCUUCGUCGGAAGCUUCUUUCAGCAAAUCUCUUCGAGGACUCUUACACUCAUGACAUCCCCUCCUUCUCCCUUCGCUAUUUCCCCUGCAGCCGCCGUAGCAGCAGAUUUGCCUAAUGACCCUGACCUGACCAUCGUUGGUUUCUUGAAGUCACCAGAUUCAUUACCACUCUAUCUCUUAAUCGGAAUGAUCGUUUACACCGUCUCUAUUCCACUACUGCAACUGCAGUUCCACGCUUUUUGCAUUGACAAGUGGUUUCAGUUAUGCUCCACUUGCCCGUCAUGUCGCGGCAUCCCAGUUAUUUAUCACCCUCUUUUAAAUGUAUUGAUCCAGAAAUAG